CUCGUGUGGAAGGACACGUUUCUAGUGCCUAUUGCGUGUGGACAGAAUACUUUUUUAUAACGAUUUUGGUUCGUUUGCGUUUACGAGCCUUGUAUUAUUGACAGCGCUGCCUUUGUUCUACUGGUCAAGCCUUUAAUGGCAGACAUCUGUUACAGCUCACAUAUUUAAAUAAGAAUAAGCAGUUUUUCAUUCCACUGUACAGUAUUUCAUUUAAUUGUAUCUUAUUUUUACAUUGAUAUAGUCUGCAUGUACAUGCAUAUUAGCAACAACAUUUUCUUGCGCCCUUUUAUUCCUGUUUGUUUUUCUUCUUCUUCUUGGACCUUUUUUAUUGUUCCUUUCUAUUUAUGUUGCAUGUUGGAGGAGUCUGGGACCUUUCAUAACUACUCUGUACAUUUUAUGCAUAGGAAAAUGAAGCGUUUGAAUCUUGAAUGUGAUGGGGGUUUUUGUGUAUCCACCAGGACAUCCCCACAGGGGCGGACAGCUGUGUGACCAGCCUGUCCUGCGACUCGCAGCGCUCCCUAGUGGUGGCCGGGCUGGGGGACGGGUCGGUGCGCCUGUUCGACCGCAGGAUGGGUCCCAACGACUGCCGCGUGAUGACCUACAGGGAGCACGGAGCCUGGGUGGUCAAAGCUCAUCUGCAGAAGGAGACAGACGGACAUAUUAUCAGUGUCAGUGUUAACGGAGACGUCCGGUUCUUCGAGCCGCGGUCACCGGACUCGGUCAAUGUACUGCAGACAGUGAAGGGGUUAACGGCCCUGGACAUCCACCCCCAGGCCAACCUGUUUGCCUGCGGGUCGAUGAACCAGUUCAUAGCCGUUUACAACGCUAACGGAGACGUGAUCAGCAACAUUAAAUACUACGACGGCUUCAUGGGGCAGAGGAUCGGGGCCAUCAGCUGUCUAGCCUUCCAUCCUCACUGGCCCCACUUGGCGGUCGGCAGCAACGACUACUACAUGUCCAUCUAUUCAGCAGAGAAGAGGCUCAGAUAACACACCAGCAUUCACCA